GGCUCUGCGCCAUGAGGCUCAGGAUCAACCAAGUGAGGCUGUUGUGAGGAAAGAGAAACACACUCGUCGGUAUAUUAAACUUGAACCGAAGCAGCUUCACAUCAGCGUCAUAUCAGUGUUCACACAGCGAGCCGUGAAGCCGCCAUGAUGAACGGACAGAUGAACGGGUUCCACAACUCCCUCAUCGACGAGGACUGCUUCUUGUUCACCUCGGAGUCGGUCGGGGAAGGACAUCCCGACAAGAUCUGCGAUCAGAUCAGCGACGCGGUGCUGGACGCCCACCUCAAGCAGGAUCCUGAUGCCAAAGUCGCAUGUGAGACUGUUGCCAAGACUGGGAUGAUCCUAUUGGCCGGUGAGGUGACAUCUCGUGCCAAUGUAGACUAUCAGAAAGUUGUCCGGGACACCAUCCGCCAGAUUGGGUACGAUGACUCCUCCAAAGGCUUCGACUAUAAGACCUGCAAUGUUCUAGUGGCUUUGGAGCAGCAGUCUCCUGACAUCGCUCAGGGCGUCCACGUCGACCGCAACGAGGAGGACGUCGGAGCUGGUGACCAGGGCUUGAUGUUUGGAUAUGCCACGGAUGAGACUGAGGAGUGCAUGCCUCUCACGAUUGUCCUUGCCCACAAGCUGAACGCUAAGAUGGCUGAACUGCGCCGUGAUGGCACUCUUCCGUGGCUCCGGCCAGACUCAAAGACCCAGGUUACUGUGCAGUACCGCCAGGACCGCGGCGCCAUGCUCCCGGUGCGUGUGCAUACCAUCGUUGUCUCUGUGCAGCACGAUGAGGACAUUUGCCUGGAGGAGAUGAGAGAUGCCCUGAAGGAGAAAAUCAUCAAAGCUGUUGUGCCCUGCAUCUAUUUGGAUGACGACACCAUCUAUCACCUGCAGCCCAGUGGACGAUUUGUCAUCGGGGGUCCGCAGGGUGACGCCGGCCUCACUGGACGUAAAAUCAUUGUUGACACUUAUGGAGGCUGGGGAGCUCACGGUGGUGGAGCCUUCUCUGGGAAGGAUUACACGAAGGUGGACCGCUCGGCUGCUUAUGCUGCACGCUGGGUGGCCAAGUCUCUGGUGAAAGCUGAGCUCUGCAGAAGAGUUUUGGUCCAGGUGUCCUAUGCCAUUGGAGUUGCCCAUCCCCUCUCCAUUUCUAUCUUUCACUACGGGACAUCCAACAAGAGUGAGAGGGAGCUGCUUGACAUUGUGAAGAAGAACUUUGAUCUCCGUCCUGGAGUCAUCGUCAGGGAGCUGGAUCUGAAGAAGCCCUUGUAUCAGAAGACCGCAGCGUAUGGCCACUUUGGCCGAGACUCCUUCCCAUGGGAGGUGCCCAAAAAACUUAAAUACUAAAUCUGUUAAGCUUUUCCCCCCCAGGCUUGUUGGUGUAUACUACAGAGAAGCCUCCAAGGUUCCAGGGGGUGAAAUGCACUUAUCUCUCAUAAUAAUGGUAUCAUUUAACACAUGACUCCUUCCUCUCACUCCACUUCCUUCCCUUGUCUUGUUUCUGUUUUCUGCUGGUCUCAGUAUCUUCCUGGGUCCUAGGAGGCAUGCCUCAGAAUCUGUUAAGCUAUUGGAUGGGUUCCAUGAACCCAUGCACUGUAGUACUUAAUGUUCUCCCACGUCUUGAGGUUCCCUCUCUUCUCGUUGUGAUAGGCCCUGAAUAGCUGUGUUCUUUUGCUCUUUUGGCAUUCCACACUCGUCAAUAGUGUCAGCCUUUUAAUCAGUGUCACGGCAGGAGCAUAUUGGGCAAUAUGCAACACCCCAUGUAAUAUACUGGUGCUACAAAAAUGAAUCUGCAUCUUAAAAUAUUCUCGUCCAUUACGAAGCAAAAUUUGAAAGUUGGAGAUCCAGUUAUUUGGCAUCUUCCCAAACCAGUUUAGCUUUUUUCUAAACAUUCCUCCUCGUCAGUCUGCUUCAAUAAUUUCCUGACCCACUAUUCUUUUACCUUUUUUUUUGUUGGCUUUAUUCCCUCGUCUUUGUGGAGGAUGUUAGAAUGGCACAAUUAAAAUUGAAGGGUUGUUGCUUUUUGUCACUAAAAAUGCUAUGCAUUUCAGGAUAUGGGGUGCGCCAAAUUGUAAUUAUUUAAGCUCCUACAUGAGCCUAAAACCUCAGAUGCCCCUACAGACCGUUGCUGUUUUCUGACGUAAUACAGAAAAGUCAGAAGCUGCUAUGUCACUGCUCUGGUCUGCAGAGGUAUUGAUUAUACUUGACGAUGGUAAAAUUGGAUUGUUUAUGCAUUGAAAUUCAAUUUUAAGUGAGCCCUUUUUAAAAUGUAGUAUCGCAAGAUUUUUUUAUGGUUUGACUGAAAGCCCCUUUUACCCCUCUUUGUAUAUAGAUGGCAGGUGUAGCUACAGAGAAACCUGACUCCCAUCUGUAUCCUAAAAGGGUGUGUUCUUAUUGAUCUUGUUGGCCAGGAAUCAAACCUCGUCACUAUUUAUUUGUUCUCUGAAACGCGGCGUGGAUACAGAGAAGCCGAUGUUUCAGAAGGCAGCUUUAAAAACAUUGAAUCGUGAAUUCCUCCUGACGUGAUCAGUUUUCAGUGUUUUGCUUGAGGCCCCAGAGUGUACUACAGAAAAGCUUUGGUCUGCCUCAACAGAAAGUGUCACUGGCUACAAUUAAUGACGAUUUUUACAACCAUUUAAUUUUUUAGACUACAGAUGUUAUCUUUAAGUGGGUUAGUUUAAAAUCCCCUGAAUGUCUGGUGCAAUUCUCUGGCUCUGGCCUAUCCUCACGAAUGGGAUGGUCACAUUUGGUUGGUGUAGUACAGAGAAACCAGCCUUGUUUACAUGGCCAUCCCCAUGUGUUGGAUAGAGUUGGUUUGUUGUUCCCUUUUACCACUCGAGAGCAUCCUGUUGGCUACAGUAAGUUAAGAGUGCCUUUUCUAUUUCCUCUACUCCUUUAUUUGCUUUUUUUCCUCCUCCCACCAACAUGCGUUUAACUUCCAGAGGAACAAGUAGCUCAUACUGUUAUGCUUCAUGUCUACAUGGGUAGUUUCUUUAUGCUCUGUAAUAAACAACUACUCCUUAAAAGUG